CGAAUACGACGGAUUCACGCAUGUACAUGUGCGUCUAGGGUUAGUGUAUUACUUAUUCCGGCAUGCAUCGCGGCUGCGACCGUGCGCGCCGUUCAUUACCACGACCCUCUACCGGCGCGCCUCAGCCACAGACCAUACCCUGUCUGCGAAAUAACAUGCAGUAGGCAGCAUGUCUAAUCGGCCUACAGUGUGGGUGGUCGAGGGUGGGCCUAUUUCACGCUGAGCAACCCCGAACAGGUAUAGUUGCUGGGGCACACCUGGGCGCAGCCCUGAGUUGUAUAAAAUGAUGCUCGCAGUACGUACAAAGUCCUGCGCUCAGGCUCAUGCUCUUCAAGUCAACUUGCAGACUUCAUUUUCCGAUCCUUGUGCUGUCAUCGAACCAUUCCGGGCUGUUUACAACACGCGAUGGCAUACAUGUUAUACAAGUAUAUACGACGGAGGGUUAAGGAGAGUAAAGCGAAAAAAGGAUCCUUCUCAACCGCAGACGAUAUACAUCUGUCGCCAUAUGCGUCGCCUCCGUCAACGGCGAACGACGACCACGCAGCUCCCACACACCAAAACUCUGACAUCACUAAACCAGGCGCCGCAAGGGACACGGUCGAGAAUGAGAGGCUAAGGCAAGAGGCUAGGAGAUUGACAAUACGUCGAUGGAAAUUGAUGGCUGGCUUGGUGCUUCCAAACUUCCUCGCUGCAGUCGAUGUGACGAUUGUGGCUCCAGCAAUCCCUACCAUCUCAUCGCAUUUCAACCAUCUGAGUGGAAGCUUCAACUGGAUCGUCGCGGCCUAUACGCUCACUUUUACCACCUUUGUCCCAGUAUCUGGCCAGCUUGCAGAUGUCUAUGGGAGACAUGCCGCUCUCCAGUGGCAGAUGUUUUGGAUCAUGAUUGGUAGCGUACUUUGCGCAUCUUCAGUUACCUGGGGAAUGCUGCUCCUUGGAAGAGCGCUCCAGGGCUUGGGGGCCGCUGGUAUCCUGAAUCUCACGCGCAUUGUCCUGUCCGACGGCAUGAGUUUGGCAGAUAACUCAAAGAACAACACCAUCUUCAGUUUGAUCAACGGCAUCAGUUAUGCCGUGGGCCCCGUGAUCGGAGGCUAUCUCACCAGCGCAAGCUGGCGGUAUUGCUUUGUGAUCCCCAUCCCGAUCGCUGUCGUCUCUCAUGUUCUCAUCUUCGUGCUUAUGCGCAAGGAACUAAAGAAAGGUCGCGUCGCUCUGAACCCGGGCGACUCUAGACGCACUGGCUACAUUACCGGCCUCGGAUACAUCGACUGGAUCGGCAUGAUAACCUUCAUCUUUGGCAUCGGGCUCAUCAUCCUCGCCGUCCAAUGGGGCGGAACUUCCUACGCCUGGGACUCACCCGCCACCAUCGUCCCCUUCGUCGUCGGGGGGGUACUCCUCGUCGUCUUCUUUACCCACGAAUACCUUCUCGGCCCAGGCCGCUUCAUGGCGCGUAUCUUCACGCACCAAGUAGCCAUGAUACCCUCGACGCUCUUCCGUAAGAAGGACACAACGCUUCUCAUGAUCAUCAAUUUCUCCGCAGGCGUGUCUCUCGUCUCAGCAUUCUACUUCGUCUCCUACUACUGGCAGCUUGCUGAGGGCUAUCCUUCCUCCAAAGCCGGCACUCAGCUCCUAUACUACACUCCAGGUCUUGGAGUGGGUGUCUAUAUCACGCUCGCCAUGUGCAACUACUGGCCCAAACAAACGUUCUACCCGCUUUUCAUUGGCUCUAUUGUAGAAGCCGUCGGUCUCGCAGCAAUGACGUGGGCGAUUUCUACGCGGAACACCACGCUCGUGAGCGUCUUCCUUGCUGUCGCUGGCGCAGGAACAGCAUUUCGAUUUAUGCCCGUGGUCCUGCACGCAGCAGGGAUUUGGCCAACGCGUCUGGCGGCGAUGCAGAGCGUGCUCAGCUUUACGCUUCCACUGGGCGAGACGCUGGGUAUCUCAAUGAUGGGCGCGGUGUUUAGCAACAAGUUCGCGCAGUACCUGUCCGCUAUCGACCCGGGAAACAGUUCCUCGUUCAAUGGCGGGACCACCGGGCCUACGAACCUCGACUCUCUGAACAGCCUGCCCCCUGCUGCCCAAGAAGCAGUCCGCAAUGCUGCUGCGAGGGCCAUUAUGUGGGGCUUCAUCUCUGUGCUGCCGUUCAUGGCGCUCAGCAUCGUUGCGUCGGCGUUCCUGGGUAAUGUGUGGAUCGGGAACCCGAAGAAAGUUGACAACGAGGGCAUAGUGAAGAAGGAGGAGAAGAAAGGCAUGGUGAUGAUGAGUCCGUUCCUGCUCGCUGUAUGCACGGGAAGCGUGCACAGGCAGAGGAAAGAGGUUGACCCUGCGGCGGAGCAGCGAGAGCACGAGUUCGAGCGAGCAGAUGUGUACGAUGCUGAGACAGCUGCUGGGUUCAACCCAGCACAGGCCGUGCACGUUAGUCGCGGGGAAAGGGAAGCAUAACAAAGCGCGCGUCUGGCAUGGACAUUUCCUUUGUAUGAUUUAGAAACAUGAUAGACUGGUUCCAAGUAAUUAUACCACAUAGACCAUCC